AUGGCAUCCCUCUCAAUUGGGACACACCACUUACACACAAAAAACCAAUUCAAGAAACAACCUUUCCACUCCAUUUCUUCCACUCCUCUAUCCUCACUGCCUUAUAAGUCUUGUUUUGGCUCAUCUUUGUAUAAAUUAAGAGGUUCAACAACUCUUGGUAAUGGACUACUUGCUAGAGCUGAAGACAAGGCUAAAGGGUCAUCAACGCCAUCUCUUCCUCCUUCAAAUGAGCAAGGUCAACAGCCCAACAUUGAUAACCAGCUUCAGGAGUUGGAAGAAACAUCUGGAUCAUGUGACCCCUUGUGUUCAGUUGACGAAACAAAUUCACAAGAUUUUGAAGCCAACUACCAGCCGAAAACCGAUUUCGUCAAAGCUCUUGCAGUUUUUGCUGCAGCUGCAACGGGAGCAGUGGCAAUUAAUCAUUCUUGGGUUGCAGCCAAUCAGGACCUUGCUAUGGCAUUGCUUUUUGGAAUAGGAUAUGCAGGCAUCAUUUUUGAAGAGUCUCUAGCCUUUAAUAAAAGUGGAGUGGGAUUAUUGAUGGCUGUGAGCUUAUGGGUUAUACGAAGCAUAGGGGCGCCUUCAACUGAUAUAGCUGUUUCGGAGCUUACACAUGCUUCUGCUGAAGUCAGUGAAAUAGUGUUUUUCUUGCUUGGUGCAAUGACCAUUGUAGAGAUAGUUGAUGCACAUCAAGGAUUUAAGCUUGUCACUGACAAUAUAACUACUCGAAAGCCAAGGACUCUCCUUUGGGUGGUUGGUUUUGUGACAUUUUUCCUUAGUUCAGUACUUGACAAUCUGACAUCUACUAUUGUCAUGGUUUCUUUAUUGAGGAAGCUAGUACCUCCAUCAGAAUUCCGCAAGCUUCUAGGAGCUGUUGUUGUGAUUGCAGCAAAUGCUGGUGGUGCGUGGACUCCUAUUGGUGAUGUUACAACCACCAUGCUAUGGAUUCAUGGGCAGAUAUCCACAUUGCCAACAAUGAAGGACUUGAUUGUACCAUCUGCUGUUUCUCUAGCUGUUCCACUAGCUCUAAUGUCCCUAACUAGUGAAGUAAAUGGAAAGGGACAGUACUCUCCGAAUGUUUUGGCAUCUGAACAGAUGGCUCCUCGAGGACAGCUUGUUUUCUCUGUGGGUGUUGGAGCCUUGAUUUUUGUUCCGGUGUUUAAGGCCCUAACUGGAUUGCCUCCUUUCAUGGGCAUGCUUCUUGGGCUUGGAGUUCUUUGGAUUCUCACAGAUGCUAUUCAUUAUGGUGAAUCAGAAAGGCAAAGGUUAAAGGUGCCACAGGCUUUAUCACGGAUUGACACUCAAGGAGCCCUUUUCUUCCUUGGAAUCCUUUUGUCUGUAAGCAGUCUGGAGGCAGCAGGGAUACUUCGUGAAUUGGCAAAUUACCUUGAUGCACAUGUUCCAAAUAUUGAACUGAUUGCAAGUGCAAUAGGGGUUGUGUCAGCAAUUAUAGAUAAUGUUCCACUGGUUGCAGCUGCAAUGGGAAUGUACGAUAUCUCCUCUUUUCCCCGGGAUUCUGAGUUUUGGCAGUUAGUUGCAUAUUGUGCUGGCACGGGUGGUUCCAUGCUAGUUAUUGGCUCUGCAGCUGGAGUUGCAUUUAUGGGGAUGGAGAAGGUGGACUUCUUUUGGUACCUGCGGAAGGUGACUGGAUUUGCUUUUGCUGGAUAUGCUGCUGGCAUCGCUGCCUACUUAGCGGUUCAUAACUUGGGCGGCAUUUCCCUACCCACAACUAUAGCUGAGCUUCCGUUCCUCUCAGGUUCAUAA